CGUGGCUGCAAGUAUAUGACGGUGAGCACAAGCGCCGCCUACGGCUCCGUUUAACGCGUGCGCCAGUGGAUCCCGAGUGUAUGGAUGGUGCGCGGUGAAGACGAGGAAGGAGCGGUCUCCUGCGGAUUCCGCCAUGGGCUUGGAGCCAGAGGUCAUCUCCGACAAUGAGGAGAUGCGAUCAUGGUCGCGAAACCAAAGGCGCAAUGGCGAAACCAUUGCCCUCGUCCCAACUAUGGGUUUCCUCCACCAAGGCCACCUUUCCCUCAUUGAGGAGGCUAAGAAGCAUGCCGGCGUUGUCGUGGUCUCCAUCUACGUGAACCCUGGCCAGUUCGCUCCUGGCGAGGAUUUGAGCAGGUACCCAUCUGAUUUCGAAGGUGAUCUCUCCAAACUCAGAGAGGUGGAAUGUGUCAAUGUGGUUUUUCAUCCUCGCAACCUUUACGAAACCACCACCAAAGUAAUGGAGCCGAAGGAAGCCGGAGAAGAUGCGUUGGAAGGAAGGAAGAAGGCGGUGUCUUGUUUGGAAGAGGACGGGAAGAAGGGGCACCAGACUUGGAUCAGAGUGGAGAAAUUGGAGAAAAAUCUCUGUGGGAGGAGUAGGCCUGUGUUCUUCAGAGGUGUAGCCACUGUUGUUGCGAAAUUAUUCAACAUAGUGGAGCCUGACUUUGCUGUGUUUGGGAAGAAGGACUACCAACAAUGGCGUUUGAUCUGUAGAAUGGUUAGGGAUCUCAAUUUCCCCAUAAACAUUAUUGGUUCAGAAUUAGUUCGUGAUGAAGAUGGACUUGCGAUGAGCUCGCGUAAUGUCCAUUUGUCACCUGAGCAGCGAGAGAAGGCCUUAUCCAUUAGCAGGUCAUUGUUAAAAGCUAAAGUAGAUGUACAAAGGGGGCAAACUUCUGCGACAGAAUUGAGGAAUGCUAUCAUUAAAUCAAUCAGUCAAGCUGGUGGAAGGAUUGAUUAUGCAGAGGUAGUAGAACAAGAAAAUCUGGAGGCUGUUGAAGAGGUCUGUGGCCCUGUUGUCAUUUGCAUUGCUGCAUGGUUUGGAAACGUCAGGUUAAUAGACAACCUUGAGAUUAAUUCAUAGCUUUCUCAUUUGUUGGCAAUCUAACUCAUAAUGCAUUUCUUUUAGAAAAUGCAAUGUGGUCUUCUCUGAUGUAUUUUGGCAUAAGUUAAAUAAAGUGUCGAGUUCACUUCUAA